UGUCCAUAAUUCAUGUAAAUUAAAGAGAGAGUAUAUAAAAAAUUAAACAAAUUUAAGGCAUUACCACAACUCCCACUCCUUCCUUUAAUCAUAUCUAUAAAAUACAACACACACUUGCAUUCCCACCUCCCCACAAAGCAAACACAUUUCUAACUUCUCCACAAAAAAAAAAAGGGAAGAAAAAAAGAAAGAGAAAGAAGAACUUGGUUCUUUUGGGUUUUUGCUAGAGCAGAUUAUUGGGUGUUGUUUCUUGAGGUUCAAUAAUUCGGUAUAGUAUUCGUGUCGAAGAUUCUUGGUUAAAAAUGGAAAGCAAGGCACAUGAGAAAGAUCUCAACCUCAAGGCAACAGAGCUUACACUUGGGUUGCCAGGGAGAGAUGAAAUUAUUGAGCUUCCUAAUCAAAACAAGAAGAGAGGACUGCCAGUUGACUCAAAAAAUGAAGAAGGAAGCACUGAUGCUAAAAACGCUCAUAAGGAAACCCCUCCUGCAAAGGCACAAAUAGUGGGGUGGCCACCAAUCAGAUCUUAUAGGAAGAACAGCCUCCAAGCAAAUAAAAAUGCAGAGGGUGAGACUGCUACUGGGAUUUAUGUGAAAGUGAGCAUGGAUGGAGCACCUUACCUCAGAAAGAUUGAUCUUAAGGUUUACAAAUGCUACCCAGAACUCCUCAAGGCCUUGGAAGUCAUGUUUAAGUUUACUAUAGGUCAAUACUCAGAGAGGGAAGGCUACAAAGGAUCAGAAUAUGCACCUACUUAUGAGGACAAAGAUGGUGAUUGGAUGCUGGUUGGAGAUGUUCCAUGGGAUAUGUUCAUGUCAUCCUGCAAGAAGUUGAGAAUCAUGAAAGGAUCAGAGGCCAGAGGCUUGGGGUGUGAUGUAUGAAAAAGACAUGUCAGCCCAAAAGAGCAAGGGAGACGGAAAGAUAUAUCCUCUCUCUCUCUCUCUCUCU